UUCUGCACUACUUUCUGAUACAUGAUUGAGACAUUGAUAAUGAUGUUAAGUGAGUUAAAGAAAAAAUAUAAUGCAACAAAACAUCAAAAUUCACUGUUACUGGCAGAAUUAUUUUGCCUCUUUUGGGCCAAUUCGAGUCCAAAUGAGUAAAGCACAAUUAACACAUAACUACUGUCAUGUGGUCAACUGUCAAAGCUGUUCUUGAUACUAAUGUCCUGAUUUAGUCCCUUUGAACAUCUGUUUCCUGUUGUGGCCUUUCUUUCCUCUCAUUUAUCCGCCAUGGGGGUCACCCCAGUUCUCAACAUCUGCUACAACAAGACAGUCUUACACAACUGAGAGGACACGGCUACUUAAGUUUCUUAAGUUACAUAAUAUGCAUCACUGUUUUAAAUGUGAUAGAUACAGACAGAUAGAUAGAUAGAUAGAUAGAUAGAUGGAUGGAUGAACGGAUGGAUGAAUGAAUGGAUGGAUAGAUGGACGGAUAGAUGGAUGGACGGACGGAUGGCUGGAAGGACGGACAGAUGGAUGGAUGGAUGGAUGGAUGGACGGACGGAUAGAUAGGUAGAUAGAUAGGCGGACGGACAGACGGAUGAAUGGAUGGAUGGACAGACAGAUAGACAGACAGAUGGAUGGACGGACGGAUGGAUGGAUCACCAAGAAAAAGUCUGCUUAUUCUUCACAGGUGAGAAAUGUCGGAGCUUCAUUGAACUGACCCCUGGAGAAACACAAGGAGUUCUGUGGCUCUCAGUCAUAUCAGAGUUUGCAUACAUCAGCCUCCUGGCGAUGGGCUUCCUUCUGAUGUGGGUGGAAUUGCUGCUCCUGUGUCUGAAUAAGGAAAUGUAUGCGCUCAAGAUCAAUGCUUUUGCUGCCAUCUGCACUGUGCUGUCUGGUUUGAUGGGAAUGGUGGCACAUAUGAUGUAUACAACAGUAUUCCAGAUGACUGUCAGCAUCGGGCCCAAAGACUGGAGACCACAGACCUGGGACUACGGCUGGUCAUUUGCCAUGGCAUGGAUCUCCUUCAGCUGUUGCAUGGCAGCAGCUGUAUUCACCCUGAACUCUUACACCAAAACUCUGAUCGAGAAUAAGCACCGUGCCCGGAUCCGUCUGGAGGAGUCCCGUGCCGCCAGCCACGCACCGCCCUAUGAUGAGGUCAUCACGACCGGUGGUGGGAGCCUCUACUCUGUCAGCCGACUGGUUCAGCAAUGCCAGAAGGGUGCAUUUAUCGACACUGUGUGGACCCCCAGGGAGGAAGGGUCUGGUGGGGGUAUGGUGGGCGCGAAAAGUCCUCAUGGACUGGUACUAGUGGGGGGGUGCAGGAGAGAGGGAUGCGAGGACUGCGAGAGAGAAAUGGAUGAGAUGGAAGAUGUAUUAGAGAGGGAAGGGAAUGAUGAAAUGUGCUGAGGAGAUGUGGACGGUGCAAUAAUAAUGUCUGGAUCUGAUGAAAGGGACAUUUGCACAGAAGAACGCCCAACUAAACCGCAGGAAGUCCUUCAUCAUUAGCAGCAUCGGUGACCAAGUUUACAUGCAUAUAAUUUUCUAAUUACGAUCCAUACUUUGAUUAAGCCUUUAUUCUGAAAAAGACGUUUACAUGCUUUGCAGCUAUUGAAAUAUUCCUGUAUUCACAUAAUCAGCAUAUUUCGAAUAAACACACCUGGAGGUUCUUUCCCUGUUAGAUGCAUUGGAUUUUGGACUGUAAUUUAAGCAUUAAAUGUCAUUCAAGUCCUUACAGUUGCACAUAA